AUCAGUUUAAAAAAGAAAUUAAAUUCAUAACAAAUAAUAAUUAAUAACCGAAUUACUUCAAAAGCAGUAAGUCGUAAUUUUCUAUUUAGUCAAUAGGAAGAUUAUAUUAAGGAAUUUUUUUUACAAUUUUUAUUACGUUGUAUGAUCUUUUCAUAUAAUAAUGGAUGUAUUACGUCCAAGCAUUUUGACCAUUGACGGUCGCCAAUAUCGGUUAAACAUUGGCGAUGUAUCAUCCGAUUUGAUUGAAUCUCAAAAUCAACAGAAUCUCUCUCCUUAUAUUGAAAACAAUGAUUUUGAAGAAGAUAACGAUGAUCUAGAUAUAUGUAUGGACGGAGGUCAAUUUUCACUGAAACUAGAAGUUCCAGAUGUAUUCUAUGGUUUAAUUAUUGGCAGAAAUAGGGAAACGCUGAAAAGUAUUGAAUACCAAACUAGAGCGAGAGUUAAAAUUCCUGGACCAAAAGACAACUAUUUAAUUACUAUUAAAGGAGAACAAAGAUCUCAAGUCGUCGCUGCCAAGUACAAAAUUGAGUCUAUUAUAAAAAGAGGCCGGUUCAAACAAAGUAUAACUCAUUUUAUUUCAUUACCAAUGGUUAACCCGACAGUCGUUGAAAACUUUUUAACGUUUAAAGAACAAGUUCUUGAAAAUUGUGGAGAAUCUCGUGGCAUUUCUGAAUUAUUAUUCCAAGAUAAACUGAGACUUCAUCUGACAAUUACCUGUUUCGUCCUAUGUAUCCAAUCUGAAAUCAAAAGAGCUACGAACCUAAUGAAAGAAUGUGAAGAAACCAUAAUAAAACCAAUGAAUUUGAAAUCGUUAGACAUUUAUGUUCGUGGACUCGAUUAUAUGAAUGAUGAUCCUUCCGAGGUAAACGUUUUGUACGCUAAAGUUAACAAUCCUGAAUUACAGUUUUUGGUAGAUAAAAUACAAAUAUUUUUUCAAAAUUGCGAUUUGGCAAAACCACCGAGAAGUGAUCAUGUGAAAUUGCACGUUACCUUAAUGAAUACAUCUUACAUGGAGAAUGCUUCAAAUAUUAAUAUUCAUCAAAAUGGGAGGGAUACAUUCGACGCCAAAAAAAUUUUUGAAUUGUAUAACGACUUCAAUUUUGGCACAGUACAUCUGACAGAAAUACAUUUGUCGCAAUGUUAUACAACCGAUUCAAAUGGAUAUUAUAAAUUUUCUUAUGUUGCCACGCUUUAGUGUACAAAAAAAAAUUGUUAUCGUUAAUUAUUAUUAUAUUUUGUGUGUAUUUAAAAAUAAACAAUUAUGUUUUUAAAUUUGAAAA